AUGUAUCCGAAAAGACACGUGGAUAAGGUGGGGAUAGCGGCUUAUCUCUGCCGAGGGCAGAAGGCUCUGAGAGGCGCAGGGAGGGGCAACCUGAGCCAACCCGGCGGCAACUCGCGAGCUUCUCCGAGCUGCUCGAGGAUUCCUCUCCGCUCCCCGAUGGCGGCGAUGGCGACUUCUCUCUCACCGUGGAGCAUGGCUUCCCUGCGUGCCGCACUCCCCUCGAGUUCCUCGUCUCAGCCUCCUCACUUUCGUCUCCCGGCUACUGCCCCUUCUCUUCCCUCCUCUUCGAGACUCGGGCUGUCCCGCCGCAAGCAGCUCACGCCCCUGAGGUCCUACUCCGGUCUAUCUACCCUGAACACACUCUUCUCGAUCGGUUCCGGUGAGUUGCGAAUUUAUCUAGAUUAUGCUGUUUUCAUCCUCAGCCUUUUUUGUCGGUCGAAUUUCUAUAAUUGUUGACUCAGAAUCUAUUUCAAUGUCUGUCUAAAUUAUUCUUUCUUCUUCAGUGAGAGAUAAUCCUACUUUUUAUGGGGUACAUUCCUCUCGAUACAUUCAUCGUUGACCUUACGCAGAAACGUCUCGUUACUAACACGUAGUGAACCUGUAAUUGGUCUGGGUGUAUUAUUGUGGGGGUGAGUUUCCAGCUUCAUUGCAGGAUCUCGUUCAGUUUAGUCACUAUGCUUUACCACCUUUGCUCUCAACUCGCCCUUCAUCCUUCCCCGUCUGCCACGAUGGUGCCUGAACCCUCCACCCUAAUACAGUUUUAAUGGACUCUUUGGAUCCUUUUUCUUCCGACCCACUCGAUCACUUGCCAUUUCAUUUUUAUUCUGCAUAAUUUUCUAUUUUCUUCAAUGCCUCCAAUCAGUUUCUUAUAUGCUAUGCUCAUUAAAUGUUCUUCUUGUCUUCUUUGCGCUUAUCUAAAUCCUUAUGGAUUUAGUUUCCUCGAUUGUCGCCUGCCGUCAGUACUGCAACAAUCUUUUAAGAAGAGCCAUUUAAUAUAUCGCCCUUUUGAAUUAUUUUGUCUUCUCGAACAUCUGCCUUUACGCUUUGCAGCUAGUCUCAUAUUUUCUGUGUGAUUUUUAGUAGCCCAACACUCCGUCCCAUUUACGUCAGAUGCUUAGUUAUUUGCGGCAGACUUCUGUAGCGCGUUUUUGCUUCUUCACAGUUUCUUUCAGCUUCAUUUUAUCUAUUUAUUCUAUAUAUAGGAACAGUUUCUUCAUGGCACCUUCAAGUAAUUUAGUUACAUAAUUUUAGUUUGCAUUUUUUAGUUAUCUGUGCAGCUGAACGACCAUUGACUCAGGAUGGCAACUUCGUUCAGGAUAAUUAACCUUAUUAUCUCUUUCGUAAUUAUUAAACAUUUUAGCAAAGUUCUCACGAGUGUAAGGGAGAAUUGGUGCAACCAAAUGUGAUUUAUUCAAAUAUCUGUGCCAGAUGCUGCUGAGUGCGAUCAGGCAUUUAUCAACGUUGACAAUGGAAGCAAGUUCUAUGCGAUGAGACAUGGAAGACGUGUUCCGAAACUCAACAGGCCUCCAGAUCAGCGAAGAGCACUGCUUCGUUGCCUCACAACACAGCUCCUGAAGUAUGGGAGAAUCAAGACUACCAGAGCGAGGGCUAGCGCGAUGAGGAAAUAUGUUGAUAAGAUGAUAACCCUGGCCAAGGAUGGGUCUCUUCAUAAGAGGAGGCAGGCUCUGGGCUUCAUAUAUGAGAAACAGAUAGUCCAUGCCCUGUUUGCCGAGGUACCUGGGAGAUACGGAGAAAGAAAUGGAGGCUACACAAGAAUUAUCAGAACCCUUCCUAGGCGAGGAGACAAUGCUCCCAUGGCCUACAUUGAGCUUGUCUAG